UCCUCAAAAACUACCUCCAACCAAAACAGGGCCGUAAAGGAAAAUCUUCCGUGUCGUCGUCUCCUCCGCUCCUUGCGCCAAGACGAGUCGCGGCUCAACAGCGGAGAGGCGGCGAUCUCCCAUCUGGCGAGCAGAGCAGGGGAGGGGAAGGGAUCUUGGUUUGGAAGAAGCUCUUCUCUUAAUUUCAGAGCCUUAAUCUUAAUACAAGUGACAGUUUGUUUGUUCCCCAAAAAGCUGAAUCCGCCCCUGUCCAGUGUUAGAGUGGCAUGGCUGCUGAAUGUGGAAGUGGCAACUGUGAUGCUUGGGCAGCGAGAGAUCCUUCAGGGAUCCUCUCCCCGUACAAGUUCAACCGCAGGGCUGUACAAAGUGACGAUGUUUCCUUGAGGAUCACACACUGUGGUGUUUGUUAUGCUGAUGUUGCAUGGACAAGGAAUAUACUCAACAAUUCGAUGUACCCUUUAGUCCCUGGGCAUGAGAUAGCAGGAGUUGUAACUGAGGUUGGUGCAGACGUCAAGAGCUUCAAAGUGGGUGACCAUGUAGGUGUUGGCACAUACGUGAAUUCAUGCCGGGACUGUGAGAACUGCAAUAGCUCUCUAGAGAACUACUGCUCACAACAUGUCUUCACUUUCAAUGGUGUUGACACUGAUGGGACUGUCACAAAGGGAGGAUAUUCUACUCACAUAGUAGUACAUGAGAGGUAUUGCUUUAAAAUACCUGAUGGCUACCCUUUGGAAAAGGCAGCACCUUUACUUUGUGCUGGCAUCACUGUAUAUAGUCCGAUGAUGCGGCAUAAUAUGAACCAGCCAGGGAAGUCACUCGGCGUCAUUGGACUUGGUGGCUUGGGUCACAUGGCAGUAAAAUUUGGGAAAGCCUUUGGACUGAAAGUCACAGUUAUUAGUACUAGUGAAUCAAAGAGAAAAGAAGCUAUUGACCUUCUUGGUGCAGAUAAUUUCGUGGUGUCAUCGGAUGAAAAUCAGAUGGAGACCUUGAAAAGCUCUCUGAACUUCAUUAUUGACACAGCCUCCGGCGAUCACCCAUUCGAUCCUUAUCUCACGCUUCUGAAAGUUGGUGGUGUAAUGGCACUACUUAGCUUCCCAAGUGAAAUCAAAGUGCAUCCUGCAAACCUUAAUCUCGGUGGGCGGAGUUUAUCUGGUAGUGUAACUGGAGGUACGAAGGACAUCCAGGAGAUGAUAAACUUCUGUGCGGCAAACAAAAUCUACCCAGAUAUCGAGAUGAUCAAGAUAGAUUACAUCAACGAGGCUCUUCAGAGGCUUGUUGACCGGGAUGUCAGAUUUCGCUUUGUAAUCGACAUUGAGAACUCGUUCAAGUAGUAUCUUGAUAUCUUCAGUACACCAUUAAUGAUAGAAGUGUAUGCAAUAAUAAUAAGUUUAAAUGUCCUACAAGAUGAUGAGACCAUGAGACAGUUCCAGAACAAAAUGUUCCAUUUUAAGAAGCAAUUUGGUUCUGUUUUCAGUUAUUUUCAGGAGUAAAUUGUAUUGGUGGUACACAAACUUAUUUGGUGGGUGUAAUUUAAUACAUAAACUUGUUUGUUGGGUGUAAUUUAGUAUAUAAAUUUGUUUGUUGGGUGUAGUUUAGUA